ACCCCCAAAAUAAAAGAAAACAAAGAGUACUAAUUAAUUAUCCAUAAUGGCUCUUCACAAAGAUGUUAGUUUCCUUGCUUCCUUGCUUGUUCUUGGAUUAAUGUUUCUCCAUGUAAGCGCGGAGAUAGACCAAGAUCGCGAUAUCAUGAAUCCCAAGCCAGCAGCUUGUACCAGAGAAUGUGGUAAUUUUAGCUAUGCGAUAUGUCCACGUUCAGAAGGAAGUCCAAGAACCCCCAUAUGUACCACAUGUUGUGCAGGCUACAAGGGUUGCAAAUAUUACAACGCUAAUGGAACUUUCAUUUGUGAAGGACAAUCUGACCCAAGAAAGCCAAACGAACAUUGUCCCAAAGAAUGUGAUCUUAAAAUUGCUUAUUCAAAAUGUCCCCGUUCAGAAGGACCAACUAAAAUUAUACCCACUAAAUGCACCAGUUGUUGUACGGGGUAUAAGGGUUGCUACUAUUACGGUAAAAAUAACAAGUUUGUGUGUGAAGGACAGAGUAAUGAACCCAAGGUUUGUACUCAACAAUGUGAUCCUAAAGUUGCCUACAUGACUUGUCUACCUGAAUCAACAAAACUUACUCGAGUUUGUGUCAAUUGUUGUACUGCAAAACCAGGGUGCAAACUCUAUGGUCACGAUGGAUCUUUAAUUUGUAUUGGAGGUGUUAAACCUCAUUAAUAGUCCUUAUAUGUAUGAAAUAAAAGCAUGAUUAUAUACUUAUUAUUGUCAUGCUAAACAUUGUAAUGUGGGCAAUGGAGCGUUAUCCACCACUUUGAGCAAUAAAUGAAUAAAAUAUUUUGGUUUGAACUC